AUGUGGUUAAAGUUUUUCUACUUCUUUAGUUUAGUUUUAUGUCCGUGUUAUGCGGCUCAAGGCGCUUCGAUAUUAGCAGUCUUCUCUUCACUUUCCUAUUCAGAUCAUCUGGUUUUUCGGGGCUAUGUGUCUCUCCUCGCUCAAAGAGGACAUUCCGUUGUGGUCAUGACUCCUUAUCCAGGCGAGUUUCAAUAUCCGGAGGUAGAAAACAUAAUCGAGCUAGAUGUUAGUCAAGAAUCAGCACCGUUUUGGGAGGAGUACAAAAGGCUGAUGACCAAUACGGACGAUUACUAUCCGCGGCUUAAAGCACUGAACGAGCUCUCACUAAAAAUUGCCAUAGCGCAGCUGAAGUCCAAGCAAAUGACGGCGCUGCUCAUUAAUCCUAAUGUAAAAUUCGACUUGGUAAUAACUGAAGCAGAUGUACCAUUACUUUACGCUUUAGCUGACAAAUACCAGACUCCACAUAUAACGAUAAGUACAUUUAAUGGAAAAAUUCACCAGUACGAAGCUAAAGGCAAUCCCAUUCACCCUAUUUUGUAUCCCGACGUGAACUCACUGAACUACGGUAAUUUGACUCGUUGGCAGAAAAUUAUCGAAUUCUACAGACACAUACAAACGAAAACAGAGUUUUACAACAACUAUUUGCCGUUAUGCGAUGUUGCCGCCAAAAAGAUACUAGGAUUGAAAAGAGAUUUACAAGAAGUUGAAUAUGACAUCGAUAUGUUGUUCAUUGCCAGUAAUCCGCUGUUAAUCGGGAAUAGACCGGUUGUACCUGCCAUACAAUUUGUGGAUCGGAUGCAUAUUAAACCAAGGAUGAGUCUUCCGCAGAAUUUACAAUCAUUGUUAGACUCUCAAACGAAGGGAGUAAUUUACUUUAGCUUGGGAACUCUACAAGAGGCGGAGAAAUUAUCUGUUAAAACACUUCAAGUUUUCGCGGAUGCUUUUAGAGAAUUACCUUUCACAGUUUUGUGGAAGAUUGGUAAAAUGAGCACGUUAAAGCUAUCUGAUAACGUUAUCACAGACGUAUGGUUUCCGCAACAACAAUUAUUGGCACACAAAAACGUAAGGGCAUUUAUAACUCACGGCGGACCUAGAUCUUUGGAAGAAGCACUAUUUUAUGAAGUACCAAUCAUAGGUUUUCCUCUUAUCACAUCUAGAAAGAUAUUUAUAAGAGAGCUUACCAAGUACGGCGCUGGUGAAAUCUUGGACCCCUUACACAUUGACAAACAAACAUUGAAACAGGUCAUAUCCACAGUGGCCACUGAUGAAAAGUACAAAAAAGCGAUAAUUAAGCUUAAAGGUAUGGUUGUCGAUCCGUUGAUUUCGGGUCCCGACAACGCUGUCUGGUGGACUGAAUACGUUCUUCGUAACCGCGGCGCACAACAUCUACGUUCACCAGUUGUUGGCGUUACCUUCAUCAAAUAUUACAUGUUGGACAUUCUUACUUAUAUACUUGCAGUCGUUCUAUUUCUGCUAUAUUUAACUUUUCUUGUGCUGAAAUGUAUUUACAGACGUUUACGAGCACGAUUUGUGCUGAGAACUGGUCAAGGACCAGAAGGAAAAUUCAAGGCUUUGUAA